UCGUGAUACAAAUUAUUGCAUUUAAAAAUUAAAAUUGUUUUUUUUGUUAUGUACAUUGAGAAUAAUUUUAUUUAAAACUUUUUUAUUCUAAUUUUGUUUUUAUAAUGUUAAAUAAUUUAUCAUUUACUAAUGUCGGAGCAUUAUUGCGUAAGUAAUAGGUACCAAUUAAUUUUAUGAAAAAUGUAUAAAUUGUGUGUAAUUAAAUACUUGUUCAAAUUAUUUGUUUACAUAAUAUACACUAUGUAUUAUGUAAACAACUACUAUACUGCCUAAUUAAUUAUUAUUAUUAUAUUUAGUCCGGAACAGUGUUCGAUAUGCAUCUAAAAAAUCGGGUACAAGUACUUCCAAUACUGGUGGUCUAGUCCGUCCUAAACAUAGAGGUAUCAGGUACAAUGAGGGCUGUGAAGUUACAGCUGGUACUAUGUUGGUAUUACAGAGAGAAUUGAAUUUUCAUCCUGGUUUACACGUUAGUGGGCAUAAUAAUAUGUUAUUUAUCAAAUAUUUUAAAGGCCUUUUAUUGUGUGUAUAGGUUGGAUUUGGGCGAAAUGGCACAUUAUUCGCUUUGGAAGCCGGUAAAGUUAUUGUUUCAUGUGAGAAAAUGGAUCCAAAUUGGGAUCACACUUGGAUACAAAGAAUUUACAAUGGCCGCAAAGGACAAACAAUCUACAAAAAAUAUUUUAAUAUUAUACCCAAGCCACAGCACAAUCGCUUUAAACUUGUUGAUGCUAUCGAGACUGUUAAAAGUAACAUUGCUUAAUAUUAUGAAAACUAAUAAUAAUUAUUAAUAAACUGUAGAUAUAUUAAAUAAAUAUAAAUUGUUACAAAUUGGUUUUUUAUUUAAAUAGCGUCAUAAAAAUAAAUGAAUUAAACCAAAAAAUAAACUUACAUUGUGU